GCCAGGUCGACCGAGAACUGACAGCGUACAGGGUCGGCCCACGUCUGGGCCGCCGGCGUGCAUUGAGCAGGCCAGCGAGCCUCGUAUCUCGCUGCUCUGCCCUCUGUCGCUGCACGCGUGCAAAAGCUUGGCCGUGUUGGCAGAUGAGCUUAUGCCUUGUGCGUAUAUGCAGGGCGCCUCUCUGGCAACGCAAUCGACUUGGCGCCUGCGUGGCCCUAUGGUAUGGGCGUAUGGGCGUACGGCGGGACAUGGCGUAUGGGCGUCCGUGGCACGCGGACGCCAGGGCGGGAGAGCACCAGAAAGAGAUGGGAGAGUGCAGUACGCGCAGAGUGGUGGCCGCUACGACUUUCCACACGACGCCCUACCAAGGCCGCCAUUGGAAACACGGCUGCGGGCGAGGGGAAACGUCCAUGACACUCUGCUUGAUGGAACGCCCGCUCCGGCAUGCGCACGCCAAUGCUAGUUGAAACUUUGCGCCGUGUGCCUAAGGCCGUGGCCUUGGUGCUGCUUCUUUGCCCGACCCGGCCCUCGAUCCCAACCACUGUCCA